CCUCAAGGACCACUUUGCGCAUGCGCCCCAGCUCUUGGAGGAUCGCAAAGCACGCCGGGACCGGUUGGCUUCGUUUUGAAGACGUGGCUGGCGGGAAUUCUCGCCCCUGGCCUGGCAAGGACAUUGAGGUCCCUAUCACCGCUUGCCUAGACAACUUCAUGGGAAGGCCCUUGGGAAUCUGAGAUGGAGCAGGCGAACCCUUUACGUCCAGAUGGCGAGUCCAAAGGAGGUGUUUUAGCUCACUUAGAAAGGCUAGAGACCCAAGUGAGCAGAUCCCGUAAACAGUCUGAAGAGCUGCAGAGCCUGCAGGCCCAGGAAGGUGCUCUUGGAACCAAGAUUCAUAAACUAAGGCAUCUGCGAGAUGAGCUGAGGGCUGCGUUGUGGCACCGGCGAGGCAACGUGAAAGCAUGUAUUGCCAAUGUAGAACCCAACCGAACAGUGGAGGUCAAUGAGGAAGAAGCAUUGGAAGAGAAACUGGAAAACGUGAAAGCCGUUCUGCAGGCGUAUCAUUUUACAGGCCUCAGUGGUAAGCUGACCAGCCGAGGAGUUUGUGUCUGCAUCAAUACUGCUUUUGAGGGGAACCUAUUGGAUUCCUAUUUUGUGGACCUUGUCAUACAGAAACCACUCCGGAUACAUCACCAUUCAGUCCCAGUCUUCAUUCCUCUGGAAGAAAUAGCUGCAAAAUACUUACAGACCAACAUCCAGCACUUCCUGUUCAGUCUCUGCGAGUACCUGAAUGCUUACUCUGGGAGGAAGUACCAGGCAGACCGGCUUCAGAGUGACUUUGCAGCCCUCCUGACUGGGCCCUUGCAGAGAAACCCACUGUGUAACUUGCUGUCAUUUACUUACAAACUGGACCCAGGCGGUCAGUCCUUCCUGUUCUGUGCUAGAUUACUGUAUAAGGACCUCACAGCAACUCUUCCCACUGACGUCACCGUGACAUGUCAAGGAGGGGAAGCAUUAUCCACUUCAUGGGAGGAGCAACGAGCAUCUCAUGAAACUCUGUUCUGUACAAAGCCCCUGCAUCAAGUGUUUGCCUCAUUUGCAAGAAGAGAAAAGUUGGAUGAGUCUGGUCUCCUAAUAGAUUGUUUUCACUGCACUGGGAACACCUCAGCGAAAUAAACCCCCCCUCCGCUGCCAGGUGAAAGGAAAUAUUGCACUUUCUGCUCUCAUGACUAAGGGGACGGGGGUUCCAGAAUGAGGAACACCAGGACGAGGGCCAUCUCACCUGGACCACAUGGAGACCACCAGGUAUCCUGCUUGACCUCCCUUCAGAAUGGGAGCAAAACGUUUGCCAGCCAUGUCCCGCCCCACGAAGCCCCGUCUGAAGCAGAGCUUCCCCGCCUGUGUUCCCUCCACAGUCCCGGUCAGCCCAGUGGCAAAGGCUGCUUCGCCCCAGCUCUGCUGCCCUCCUGCUCACAGUAGCCAGGGCCCCUCAGGGGCAAGGAUGGCAGAGAUUGGAACGAGGGCUCUGGAAGGACUGUUCAGCCCUACGCCUAAGACCCCUACGCUGGGGACGCUACAGGCAGCACAUGGAGGAAUAGCAGGGCCACCCUCAGCGUUCACACAUCCACGAACAAACGAAGGCCGAGGAGAUUUCUAAACCUAAAGUCCGCGAGCGUGCACUUCAAUCCAGGAAGGCCAGGACUUCCUGCAGUUCCAAAAAAUAACUUCUCCCUUCCAGUUUGGACUGUUGCAGGCUCGAGGCUGUCAGGAGUUGUCUACCACCUGGUGGGGCAGUGUGACAGAGGGGCCGUUGGGGAAGGCGGCUGGCUUGUCCCGCCCUUUCAGGAAGAAGGUCAGCAGCUCCCCCUUCCCCUUCACAAAGAUGGGGCCCCGCCUCACAAAGCGGAAGCCGUACUCUCGGAGGAUGACUUGGGUUUCUUCUACCACCUGUAGAGGGAUGGGGAGCAAGAAUGUGGCGUUACUGGGGAAGCCUAGACUGAGGGCGGGUAGGGCUUUGGGGGGUUGGAGCUGAGCACUGAUCCAUGGAUCCCAGGCAGUACCGGGCCCUCAGCACCCUUCCCAAACCUCCCAGGGCCAAGCCCUUCCUUCCACCCUCAGCGAGCAGCGGGUGGGCAGGAGAGCCCUGGAGUGACUGGCUGCCUGGAGUGACUGGCUGGGGGCCUUCUCUUGCCCAGAGACUUCUCUCCUAGGACAGCCAUAGUCACCUGGGUUGGCAGCACUGUUGCCUGGAAACUGCCACUGCCUGCUCUUCUAUCCCUGUGCCCCUUUCGUGGAGCUCUUCUGCCAGACCCCACUGAGAGAUCACAAGGUAUUGGAAGGUUCAUACCCAGAGGCAGGCCAUACACGCCCGGAACUUCAGCCCAGAUUUUGUGGAUGGGUGGGAGCAUUUCCUCCUGCGCUGAGGCUAGCCAUUGCGGAGACUCCUUUCCACUCAGCCCAUGCCUCUGCCUGCGGACUUAACUGUUCGGGGCCAGGGUGGAAGGCGGGCACACGGGAAAGCUCUGUUCCGAUUCUGUUCCCGUGCCGAGUCUGAGCACACGCCGGCUCUGCUGCUGGACAUACCUGGAUGUUGCCCAUGACCCCCGUGGACUCCAUCCUGCUGGCUACAUUGACCGUAUUGCCCCAGAUGUCGUAGUGUGGUUUCCGGGCUCCGAUGACCCCAGCCAGAACCCCGCCUUUGUUCAUCCCUAGGGUAGAGGCAGCAAGUUCAGCACAGCCACAGGCCAAACCUUGUCAUGAGCCUCAGAAACCAGCUCCUCUUUUAUAGAAUUUGUCACCAGACCUGUACCACAAAGCUCCUAAUUAUGUAACACAUCAUCGUCCUCGUUCAACUUGCCCGUAUGCUACUGGAGGGUGGCAGUCGCGUCUCCUGUUUAUCUGUGUGCUUGGCAGUGUCAGCGGCCACCCGCCCAUAUGCAGAUUUACUCAGCAUGGUAAUGGCCAGUUCUAAUACACCUGGUAUUUCAAGUCUCCUGUGACCUCGCUCCGGAAUGAGGCCCCCUCAGUGGAAGAGCAGGUGAUCUUAACUCCUUUCAAAGAGCAGGCUGGUCUGGGAAGCCAUGCCCUCAGCAGGCACAGAAACCCCUCUGGAAAUGGAUCACAAACUCACUUCUCAGCCAGGCCUGACCAUCACAUCAGCUGGGUUUUGGUUUAGUCAUCUAGAGGAGUCUGGACUAAAGGUCUUUCAGGUCCCCUCGCCCUGUGAGUGCGUGAACCUCCCCACCCAAAUGCCUCAGUCCUCCUGAGCCUCCUGUCUCUCCUGCUGGUGGGCCGGGCCCCUGCCACGGCAGGCCGGCUGGGGGCGCUCACCUAUGCGCAGCAUGAAGUUAUUGAAGGACUGGUUGUUGAUGUUGGUGAGCGUAUCCUUCAUGGCCAGCGCAAAGUCGGCCAGGUCAGCCAGGUGCUGCCAGCGUUCUCUCUCAGACUUGUCCUCCUGUGCCAGGGGACCGUGGAUCAAGUGUCAGGGGCCGCUCACCGCAGCAGCCUGCUCUGCUGCCUUCCCUGGCAGUGUUCUGGGGGUGGAUUCCCCACAGCUAGGUGUUCAAGGCCUGACUUCCCUUCCUCCCACGAAGGAGUCGGCAGCCGCGCUAGCUCCGACUUGCCACUGUGACAAAGUUCACAUAGCAGGUCUAGGCAAAGACUGGGCAACGGGGGUAGAGGAGACGGACCCAUGAGUCUGACCGCGAGGCGGGCUCCUUCACCUUGGCUGGGCCUGGUCCUUAGGUUUUGUCAAGUUGUCCUUGUUUGGAUCCCUCAACUAGGUGAUAAGCACUGGAGGGGGUGACCCGCCUUGGACAUGUUUCUGUAACCUCAUCCAUGCAAUAGAGAGGGCCAUGGGAUGGUCUUGGAGGUAAAGCAGGAUGAUGAUGUUUUAAGACCAGAGCUUGGGACCAGGGCUCCUACACCUCAUUUUCUCUCCUGGUAGCUGAACACAGGUCUAAAUUAGCUUAACAAAUGAACAGGCUGCCGUUGACCAGAGUUCUGAAGGCCAGUUCCUAUGAAAGCACAGAGCCUUCGGGAGCCUGGCCACAGAACACAACCAUCUUAGGCCUGAGCUGUGAACAGCAGGGGGUUGUGUGUAUGUGUGCUGUUUCUCUGCUUGCCAGACUUUCUCAAUAAACCCUACUAUUUAUAUUUA